CUCCCUCUCCCCCUCUCUCUCCCUCUCCCCCUCUCCCACUAGAUCCCAUUAAGACCUCCCAGGGCUCCCUGUCCCUGAAGGCUUACAGGUUAACACCCAAACUGAUGGAGAUCUGCAAGGAGAAGGACUUCUCAGCCGAGGGAUUGAAGAAGGCCAUGAUUGGCUUCGAGCACAUGUUUGAGGAGGUUCCCAUCGUGAUCAAGAACUCCCACCUGAUCAACGUUCUGAUGUGGGAACUGGAGGAGAAGUGUACUGUGGCCGACAAACACGAACUGCUCAACCUCUCCAGCAGGUCAGUACAGAGCUGUGUGCCCUAGAAGGUAGGGGCUAGG